CAUUCAAUCUAACGAUAUGUUUUUUGUGUUGACUGACGAUCACUGGCACCCGACAGACACCCCGAUAUGCCGUAACAGUGCCCUGAAGUCAACGGUGGCGAUGACUGUGAACGAAACCCAAGUGCUCCGGUGCUCAGUGGAGGCCCAGCCCCUAGACGUGUCAUUUUACUGGACAUUCAACAACUACGAGCUCCACUCAGACAACUACACCGCUCGGGGCCUGACCUCUGAGCUCCGGUUCCGUACGGCCAGCGCUCAAGACUUUGGUCUCGUGUCGUGUUGGGCCAAAAACGAGGUCGGCCUACAGGCCCAGCCCUGUCUGUUCCACAUCACCACCGCUUUGCCCCCACAGCCGCCCCGGGACUGCUCGGUGGCCAACCGUACGAUGACAUCCCUCACCAUUGAGUGUACGCCCGGCGACAGCGCCGGUCUGUCGCAGACAUUUUUCGCCCAACACUUCGGCGCCGAUUCCGGUGUUGAGUCGGACGUGAAGAAUCUGAGCGCAUCGUCGGUGCCGUUGUUUUUCAUCGCCGGCCUCUCCUCUGGCACUGAAUAUACUGUUAAUCUGUACGCUAUUAAUGCCAAAGGCAUGAGCGCACCCACACGUAUGCUCGUGUCCACCCUUUCCACUGUCAACACUAAAUUAGUGUCCGGCAAUCAAGAGCUGGACUACGACCCGAUUCUGGCCGUAAUAGUGGGUGCCUUACUGUCGCUCAUCCUAAUUGUGCUCAUUGUUAUCAUUAUAUGUAAAAUCAAACAACAGGACGAGGAAAAGGAUAAACGGGAACAACAAACGCAACAAAACACAAUUAUUGGUCAACUAAGCGAUGAGUACAGUAUUGUCCAGCAAACUAGCCAGGAUGAAUUAAGUCAUAAGAACCCCGAUGUUAUUCCGUGCGAUUUACAAUCAUUUAAUGAUUCAAAAACCGAUUUAUUUAUUAUAAACGAUAUGAGGGAUGACUUGACGAGUCUGUCCAACACAUCAAUCAUUGAAACCGUAUUACAACAGAAACCAAAGUCCAUAUUAGUUAACGGGUAUAUACCUAAUGGUACUCAUCGUAAAAUGAGACAGUUUACUCUAUAUCCAAAUACAAAUGGAGACCAAAGGGAAGAGCUUUUAUACUACGAUCAAAGGGACGCCGGAGUUAUAGUCCAUCAAACACUCAGAUUUGAUGAUUUGGAGGGCAAUGAAGUACAACAGACAGCCGUUUGAGACCACUUUCAUCGUAAACAUACAUCUCAUCGAAAGCCACAGAAUAUUCUUUUACAUACAUUUAUAUAUGUUUUUAUAUAUAAUUAUAAACGUUUGGAAC